ACACCACAACUCAAGCACUCUCAGUGUCCCUGACCUACCUCUAGUUCAAACGAUCGGUUUGCAGACUUACCUGCAGAAUACAUCAUGUUGGUUAUUGUCUUUCUUGGUCUCCUGGCUGUAACACUUAGCCAUGGCGCCUGUCCAUCUAAGCCACUGUUCAAUGUAGUCGACGGAAACAAAGAUGGGGUCGUUCGACUCAGUGAAAUGUUUGCCGGUUAUAACAACGAUGACUUGAACAAAGACGGACUGCUGACCCCCGAAGAAUUCGCCGCUGGAGCACAUCCCGGGGCGCCCCCUCUUUCAGUCGAGGAAGCUUUUAAAUUUUUGGACAGUCGGGACAGAGAGCCAAAUAAUAAUGUUCUCGAUUCAGAUUGUGCUGUCGCUCUUUUCAAUGGCCUGGACAGUAACCAGAACGGAGAAAUCACACGUGAAGAAAUUGAAGAGAAUUAUUUUCCGCUGUUCGUUGGUAAGUAGGACGGUGACAGCAAAGAACAAGCCUAGACUGAUUACUAACAGGUUGUUUUGCCCGACACCUGGAAAAAAAUGACAAAUAAAUGUCAAAUCUUUGAGCAGUCA